AAAAAAAAAAGCGGUGACAUCUUGUCCACAACAGACUCAGAAUUGUGGACAACAGUAAAAGAAAACCCUCUGAACUACAGAACUUCCUGCCCAACAAACAGGCUUUUUUCUACCAUCAAUUUUCAAGUGAGGAUGGGCUUCUGCAGAUGUUCCAGUUUUGUAUUCUUUUUUCUUUGCAUACUAGCCAGGGUGCUGCACCAUCCAGAGGAACCAAGAGCCUGCUGAUCAUCAAUUAUACUAUGGGCGCAGUGAGAGGUUGUGGUCUGAACAUAACCCCUUCUGCUACAGUACAAGUAAUGGAAGCGUCAAAUCAAACAUCUUCUGGAAGAUUCAUCCUCCUUGGCAUGGCCAAUAGCCUGUAUCUUCAGGUCAUCUGCUUUAUUGUGUUCUUGAUGAUGUAUAUCAUAACACUGUCAGGGAAUGUUCUACUGAUCAUUGUUGUAUUAAUUAACUCAAAGUUACACACUUCCAUGUAUUUUUUCUUGAGUAAUCUCUCCAUGAUUGACAUCUGCUUCUCCUCCACCAUUGUACCUAAAAUUCUAGAAAAUAUUUUAUCCAAGGACAGAAGUAUUUCUCUUGUGGGAUGUGCACUUCAAAUGUAUUUCCAUAUGUCCUUGGGAGCUACAGAGUGUGUCAUUCUUGCUGUCAUGGCAUAUGAUCGUUUUGCAGCCAUUUGUAGACCAUUGCACUACCAAACGAUUAUUAACAAGAAGAUAUGUGUUUGUUUAGCUUCUAUAUCAUGGGUUGUGGGCUUUGCUAAUGGCAUCAUUCAUACACCUCUCACUUUUCAAUUGCCCUUUUGCAAAUCCCAUUACGUUAACCACUUCUUCUGCGAGAUGCCACCUUUCUUUCAACUCUCUUGCAAAGAUACUCAUCUUAAUGAAAUUGUCAUGUAUGUUGCGGCACUUAUCAUUAUCCUGUGUGCUUUCUGCUUGACGUUAAUUUCAUAUGUUCACAUCAUCUACACCAUCUGCAAGAUCCAGUCAUCAGAAGGGAGAGAAAAAGCUUUCUCGACAUGUUCAUCCCACCUCACUGUUGUAUCUGUGUACUAUGGGACUAUUAUCUUCAUGUACAUGAAACCUCGCUCUGUAUACUCUCCUGAAAUAGGCAAGACCAUGUCUAUUAUAUAUACAGCAGUGACCCCAAUGUUGAACCCCAUCAUCUACGGCAUGAAGAACAAGGAUGUUAAAGACACAAUCAAAAUUAAACUUUCUAGGUAA